AUGAAUGAAGAAAAUAGUAGUGGCGCUGGACCUAGCGUUCAAAUUAGUCCUGAGAUGAUGUUGGUUUUGGAGGAAAUGAGGAAUAUGUUGAAGACUAUUAGGGGAGAUCAAGAAAAUACGAAUACAACUAAGGUAAACACUGAUCGUGUGGAAGAACAAGAUAAUCCGGAGCGAGAAGGUGAGAAUAAACGAAGGUGUACUUACAAGACAUUUAAGGAUGCUGACCCCCCGAUAUUUAAAGGAGAUUUGGAUCCACAUGUUGCGAAUACAUGGAUAAAGGAAAUGGAGAAAGUGAUAGAAAUUUCUGAAUGCUUGGAUGAACAAAAGGUGAAAUUCGCAACACACUCUUUAAGGGGGGAAGCUGUAUUUUGGUGGGACACCGUUAAACAGACAGAAGAUUGCUCAACGAUGACUUGGACGAGGUUUAAGGAGUUGUUCUUUGAUAAAUAUUUUCCUACGUGUAUGAAAAAUGAGAUGGAGAUGAAGUUUUUAGGAUUGAAGCAAGAAGGAAUGUCUGUGUUAGAAUAUUUGUCUAAGUUUUUGGAGCUUUCUAGGUUUGCCCCUCAUCAGGUUAAUACUGAAGCUAGAAAAUGUCAGAGAUUUCAGGAGGGACUGAAACCUCAAAUUAGAGAAAGGGUUUCUUUGUUGGAAUUAGAGCAAUUUGAUAAAUUGGUUGGAAAAGCUAGGAUUGCAGAAAGGGAGUAUGAAGCUCGCACUCAAUUUUUCAACAACAAGAAAAGAGGAAGAGACACAGAAUUCGGCGGUAACUUAGGAUAUAAGAAGGAUGACAAGAAGUUUCAAAAGACAAAGAAAGAGAGUUUCCGGGGAAAUGAUAGGAAGACCACUAUACCGGAGUGUAAGAAGUGUGGACUGAAGCAUGGUGGUGACAUUUGUUACCGAGCAGAUGGGUUGUGCUAUAAUUGUGGAGAGAAGGGGCAUAUAGCGACUCAAUGCCCAAAGCCGAAAGUGAUUUCUUGCUAUAGCUGCGGAAAAUCGGGACAUGUAUCAAGGGACUGCCCACAAAAAGGAGUCAAGCAAGGAGUUGAAACUAAAGAAAAUAGGACUACCACAUCAAGACCUUUUCAGCAAUCAGCACCUAGGGCAGUGGCAAGAACCUACGCAAUGACGACUCAGGAUGCUGAAAUAUCGAAUGAGGUGGUGUCAGGUACGCUCCAACUUUGUUCUCAAGAUGUUCAUGUUCUAUUUGAUUCUGGAUCAACUCAUUCUUUUGUGGAUUUGAAGUAUGUGGAUAAGUUGAAUACUCCUGCGCAAAGUUUAGAUAAUGCCCUACUAGUAAAACUCCUUAAUGGAUUUUGGAGUGAUUUUGGGAAUGGAUUGGUUGACAAAGUAUAA